UCGCUUCUUUCUGUUCUGGCGCUGGUUUGCUUUGGCACGCUUGAUCUCCACUGUGCGUAAAACCACUGCAACUAUGUCAAAGAUCCAGACCCUAACUGAGGAGGAGAGAGCACACCUCCUGCCCCUGCUCCGGAGCGCACAGUGGGUGGAGACCGUGGGCCGCGAUGCCAUCUACAAAGAAUUUAUAUUCAAAGACUUUAACCAGGCAUUUGGUUUCAUGUCACGAGUGGCUCUACAGGCGGAAAAGAUUGACCAUCAUCCAGAGUGGUUCAACGUCUAUAACAAGGUCCAGAUCACCCUGAGCACUCAUGACUGUGGAGGCCUGUCCCAGCGAGACAUAACUUUAGCCACAUUCAUCGACCAAGCUUCAUUGAUGUGAGCCUUUAAACUGUCAGAAAGCAGUAACUUCAAAUUAACUGCAAAAACCCAAAGAAGAGCAAUCCUUUAUUCGCUCCUUCAGUAUUGUAGCUGUUUGAUAUUGUGUGAAAUUGUUACAGAAAUCAUUCCAUGUUUUAUAUUUUUACAAUGUUGUCUUAAGUGUGCCAAAUGUGCCUAUGAAUUCCCAAAUAUUGUAUUGUUACAAUUUUACUUACUGUACCUAAAUCUUACCACAGUGUUUUAAAUAAGUGAAGUUGAAUUGUAAAACGUU